AUGGACGACGAACAACGUCGGGAUGAAGGACUUGAGAGCCGGAGGAACAGGCUGCCCUCCUUCACGGAGGUGCUGUCGCGGCGGACGCGACCGCCUGUGGAUCUGUUCAUGUUUUAUCUAUUCCUGCAACGCGAGGGCGCAGAAGACGUCCUCGACUUUUGGCUAGACGUGCAGCAGCACGAGAACCUGUGUCGCGCGUACUUCAAGGACGUUCGAAAGUCGGGGCGAACCGUCAGGGAGGACUGGCCCGAGUACUGGGACUAUGCUCGCAGACGCGGCUCGAUCUAUGGCACCGUCGUGGGCAUGAACCCGCACAUGGGCACCAAGCGGAGUACAGCGAGCACGGCAGACCUCAUGUCGGACCAGGAUAGGCACAACCUAGCAACGGUGGACAACGAGAAGGCAGGACGGAGCCCGAGCCCGCGCAUCGUGUCGACCUCACCUGGUACGCACACCGCCGUCGCGUCCGAGCCCCCACGCUCGACGACACCGUUCUCGCUCUCCGGGCGGACACCGACGCUGUUCAACAUGCGCCGUGCCUCGCGUGCGCCGACCAUCAUCCCACGUUCCGCCGCGAUCAACCGUCAGGACCUCAUCGCGUCCGCAGAGCGCAUCUACUUCCGCUACCUCUCGCCCGCGGGACGCAACCAUGAGCCAAAGUCCGCGAACGAAAUGAGCUUAAUGGCGCAGAUCCCCGACAUGUUCCACGCGCAGAAGGAGUAUUGUUUCCGUGCGAUGGAGCAGGACGCGUUCCCGCGGUUCCUGCGCGCGAAGGCGUUCGGCAACCUCACGCCCGUGUCCGCACUUGUCCGGCUCAUCGUCGGGCUCAUCGUCCUCUGGGUCGGCCUCGCCGUCGGGUUUUCCCUCAUAUUCCUGGACGUGACGCCCAAGUCGAAGCGUUUCUUCCUUUUCCUCCCAUAUGCCGUCGCCAUUCUCUUCCUCGUUUCACACCAGUACGAGUUGGACCCGAUCCUCGUGUUCUUGGGCCAAUCCGAGUCCACCCCGUUCCGCACGUUGCGCAUCCGCGAGCCAUAUGUGAAGAAGCUGCUGGUAGGACGGGCGCUGUGGGUCUCCACGCUCGUCGCGGCCUGCACGGUGGCCCUGACCAUGAUAUUCUGGGCCGUGCCGGGCCACCGCCUGUAG